CAUUUUAAACUCUCCGUCGUAGAUGGAAGCCUGUAGGAUUCGUCGACGUACGGUUGUCCUUUUCCCAGAUGUAGUUUGAAUGUAUUCUUAACUAUUUAACAGUGACCGGGUUGACGAACUGUAAAACUGGUGCAACACUUCAAAACUACUGGUGUCUCUGGAAACGAUUCAUUGUAGAGUUUCGCGAAUCCACCGACAUUGGGAGGACGGUUUGAAUACACGAUAAGUUUCCGCCAAGGCAACACAUUAACAGAUUUUGUGGGGUAAUCGGGUGAAAGGUGACAUCGCUUCAGUCCAUUGGCUCGUAGGUAGCCUCCACUACAGUACGCCGGCCCCUUGAGAGGAACCAAGGCAAGCUGUAGCCCAUUCUUUAGUAAAAAAAAGCCCAUCCUUCUCCUUUUACUCCGUGACGAGGAUGCACAAUGCGGCAAGUGUCUCAGCCUCUCUGGGGUCCUUGGGACUGUUCCGUCUCCUCGGGGUGUCCUGGUCCUGGAGUUUGGCAGCUGGCAUUGGGGUAUAUCUGGGAACAAGAAGUUGGAAAUACUUCUACAUUGCAGCACGCACUGCAAAGAGAGACCUCAUCGGUCUGUAUGUGCUGUUGAGAGUGAAGCUGGCGUUGUGGCGUUAUGUGCGCCAGGGAAGCAAUAUUCCUUCCAUUUUUGCCCAAACUGUAAAACUCCACCCAAAUAAACCAGCACUGAUCUAUGAGGCCACAGGGGAAACAUGGACUUUUUCACAGCUGGACCAGAUUUCUAAUGCAGUGGCCCACUGGGCGAAAGGUCAAGGAUGGGUCUCUGGAGAUGUGGUGGCCCUCUUCAUGGAAAGCAGACCAUUGCAGGUGGCACUUUGGCUGGGCUUGGCAAAGGUCGGGGUGGAAGCUGCGCUCAUCAACUUCAGCCUCCGCUGUGAUCCCCUUCUGCACUGCAUCGGGGUAUCAGGGUCACGGGCCAUUGUGUUCGGAUCUGAACUUGCUGAGGCCAUGUUGGAGGUCAGUUCCGCCAUCAGUCAGUCCAUGGUACGGUUUUGCACAGGAGACCUCAGUGUAGAACAUCUGGCUGCCCUGGGUGCCCAACCUCUGGACCCAAUUUUAGCCACUGCAUCUAAACACCCCCCACCACCUUGUGUUCCCUCCAAAGGCAUGAAUGAUCGCCUAUUUUAUAUUUAUACCUCCGGAACAACGGGACUGCCCAAGGCUGCCAUUGUGGUGCACAGUCGCUACUACAGAAUAGCUGCCUUUAGCUAUUUUGCCUUUCGGAUGCGCACUGAUGACAUAGUUUAUGACUGCUUGCCUCUCUAUCACUCAGCAGGCAAUAUUAUUGGUGUUGGUCAGUGUUUGAUCCAUGGCCUCACUGUGGUGGUUAAGAGAAAAUUCUCUGCCAGCCGUUUCUGGGAAGAUUGCAUCAAGUACAACUGCACGGUGGUGCAGUACAUUGGGGAAAUCUGCCGCUACCUCCUGUCUCAGCCUGUGCGGCCGUCUGAGAAGGGCCACAAAGUCCGACUGGCAGUGGGAAACGGACUGCGCCCCAGUGUGUGGGAAGCUUUCACAGAGCGUUUUGGGGUGGCACAGAUCGGAGAGUUCUACGGAGCGACUGAGUGCAACUGCAGCAUUGCUAACAUGGAUGGCAAGGUGGGAGCUUGUGGAUUCAACAGUCGCAUUCUCCCCAAUGUGUACCCGAUCCGUCUGGUGAGGGUUGAUGAGGACACCAUGGAGCUUGUUCGGGACAGCCGUGGCCUCUGUGUGCCCUGCCGCCCUGGUGAGCCGGGGCUUCUGGUAGGUCGCAUCAAUCAGCAGGACCCAUUGCGCCGUUUCGAUGGCUAUGCUAACCAGGAUGCUACAAAGAAGAAGAUCGCUCACAAUGUCUUCAAGAAAAAUGAUUCUGCGUAUUUAUCAGGUGAUGUCCUCGUCAUGGAUGAUCUGGGCUACAUGUACUUCCGUGACCGCAGCGGGGACACAUUCCGCUGGCGAGGGGAAAAUGUCUCCACCACCGAAGUGGAGGGCAUACUUAGCAAUGUUCUGAAUCAAACCGAUGUUGCUGUGUAUGGAGUGACAGUGCCAGGUGUGGAAGGUAAGGCAGGCAUGGCUGCCAUUGCAGCCUCUGGAGGGAGUUUUGACUGCAACAGUUUCUUUCAGGAAAUCCAGCGAGUUCUUCCUCCAUAUGCUCGCCCUGUGUUCCUGCGAAUCUCCCCACAGGUAGACACCACAGGUACAUUUAAAAUCCAGAAAACCAGGCUACAGAGGGAGGGGUACGACCCACGACUCACGGCCGACCAGAUCUACUUUUUGAACACGAGAGCUGCACGCUAUGACGCAGUGGAUGAGGAGUUAUACAACGCUAUAACAGAGGGAAGAAUGUCUCUGUGACAUGUAGGCCAUAGCAAGGCAGGCCAGAGCGCCACAGUUAACCAGAUACUGUUAAAAGAGUUAUGCAUAGAGGGGGGCCUGCACUAUUCAGUCUCGGUGCACUACUGGCUGGAUUUUAACCUUUCAGGGAAAAUAAUUAAGAGGACUACUUAUGAAGACAGAGUACUGUUACAGAUGAUGUUUUUAACACUGUUUACGUAACACACUAGGACAUGAUGUGAGGGCAUUAAUUCCCUUUAAUAGCUUAUUUUCCAUUUUAAAUGAACACCUCAUAAAGCCUUCGAGCAUCACCGCACAAAAUAUCUCUAUAGGAUGCAUGUUACAAUAAUAAGGAAAGAAAUGAGUACCUAUUUAUGAAAUAAGCUGCUCUAUCAGGUCAGCUCUAUGUUGGUUUAAACACUACUAUUGUUACUUGUGUGUGUUUCAUUGAUGCUGAGAGACCAUACUUAAACAUUCAGUGUAGGUGACUACUAGUUACAUUAACCAUGGGAUCGUUACCAUUUUUGAUGCAAUGAAAAACUAACUCUAUUCGUCAGGUUGACAUUGGUUUGCAGAUGCACAAAUAUUAUUACUAAUGUGUGCCUUCUAUGAAACUCAAAAUUCCAUUUUUGAUGCUUUUUUUUGGACAGGAGCUCAAAUGAUUGUGGAAAUCACAGUAGUGACUGUGUUUUGUGCAUAGCUGAGUUUUACAUUGUUGGUUGUCAUUUUAUGUAAUAAUUUUUAUCAUUGUGGGUUAAUAUAUGAGCGUUAAAAAACUGUGAAAACAUUUUCAAUCGUACAUCUGUUGUGUUGUAACCCAAAUUAAAUAUUUUAAAAUUUG